AUGUCCUCACUUAUUAUAUCCCAGCGCUACAAUUGGAUGGGGUACAAUGGUACCGAAUCGAAGGAGAUCGAUCAGGUGUUUGUUCGGAGUGGGGAUGGUGCCGGGAUAUUCGACUAUUGGCGCCGCCGAAGCGUCCUCAACGACAUCAAAAAACGCCUUCAUCUGAUCAAAGGCGAGCUGAACCUCAUCCCGGAGGACGAACUUCGCGCGGAGAGGGAGGCCGCCCGGAGGUGUCGUGAGGCCAACGAGGCCGCGCGGCGGGCAAAGCUGAACGAUGACGCGAAUCGCUCCCAGGAAGAGGAGGCCAGGCGGUUGGCCCAGGUCGAGUUCGAGCGGCGGAUGCGGGCGAUCAUGCAGCGAACCGCCGGGAUCAGCGAGGCCGAGUGCAAUGAGCUCCUGGAGAACCUGCCGCACUCCAGGGCGGAGAUGGUGAACGCCGUGAACUCCUUCAGCACCGCCGCGCGGGGCCUUUUGGUGGCCCACGAGGCCCACUACAUCUCCUACCUCGACGGCUCCUGCCAUACCUCGCUGGACGGGCUAGAUCAGUACAACGUGAAGAUCCGAAACCAGACGAAGCAGGCCCUGGAGGAGCUCGGGAUGAGCCUGCCCCAGGCGGAGGUCUACAGCACCGGGGCCUUGCACGAUGCGAAGUCGGUCCUGAAGACGGCACAGCAGAAGCUGCAGGCGUUUUUCUGCCAGCGGGACCGUACCCACGCGAUGCGCCUGCGCCGGGCCGACAAGGACGCUCGGGGCGUUCCCACCACGGCGCUUACCGAGGAAGACGGGGAUGAGGAGACGCUUCGCCAGAACGUCGACGACGCCCUGGUGAAUAUGGUGACCCUGCGGGAGGCCUACAAUGAGCGCAGCGCGGCUUUUGGCCAACGCAUGGCGGCCUUGACAAUUAACAGUAAUUAG